GGCUCCUCUAGGGCUUCACUAGGGUUUAAGCGCGCACCAAUGGCGACUUCCAGCGCUCGCUUGAUCGUGCAUGGCGCCGCCGCGGCAUCCAAGCCAGCUCCAUAUCCACCAGGUUCGCAUCCUCGCGCCUCGAUCUCCCUGCCAAGCGCCGCCAAUGCCAGCAGCAUCUGGGGCAGCAAGAGCAUCAAGCCCCAGCGCAUAGCUACAUUCUCUCCGGCGAUCAAGCCCGCGGCGCCCGUGAUCGCCAUGGCCGGGGACACACCGUCGCGUCAGAUCUCGGGCAAAUGCUUCGUGGUGCGUGACAAUAUCGACACCGAUCAGAUCAUUCCGGCCGAGUAUCUCACGCUCGUCCCCUCCAAGCCGGACGAGUAUGAGAAGCUGGGGAGCUACGCCAUGGCCGGGCUUCCGCCACACUAUGGACAGUUCAUGGAGCCCGGCAAGAGCAAGACCAAGUACUCGAUCAUCAUCGCCGGCUCCAACUUUGGCUGUGGCUCCUCCCGCGAGCACGCCCCGGUUGCUCUGGGAGCGUCCGGGAUCCAGGUGGUGGUGGCCGAGUCCUAUGCCAGGAUCUUCUUCCGGAACUCGGUGGCCACCGGCGAGAUGUAUCCCGUCGAGUGUGAAGCUCGCAUCUGUGACGAGUUCCACAACGGGGACGACGUGACCGUGGACAUGGAGCGCGACGUGGUGGUGAAUCACUCCACUGGAAAGGAGUACGCGCUCAAGCCGCUGGGCGAUGCCGCGCCGGUGAUCGAAGCUGGCGGGAUCUUUGCGUACGCGAGGCAGACUGGGAUGAUUCCUUCGGCAGCUUGACACGAAGGAGCUUAAAGUAGAAGAGUGUUGACAAGAUCCUCUGUAUUGCAUGGAGAGUGAAGGAAAAAGAAAGAGGUUUGCUCAAGUCAAGAUGUUUUUUCUAUGGUU